UUUCAUUUUUUGGUAGUCUUUCUUAUGCUGUUUUUCUGUUUUGGAUUUCAUAAUAGUAUUGGCUUUCCAUCUUUGGUAUAGCUGUUGGAAGCAAUAUCAAGAUGCUAAUUUUCUAUGCUCCAAAAGCAACCCUUAAUCAUCUUUCAAAUUUUUCUGUGCUCCAAAAGCAACCUUUAAAUCAUCUUUCAAAUCAUCUCCUGUUAUCCCUUAGUUGAUGCAUGUGAAAGUGCAGGAGCAUUCUUUCUGUGCCUCUUGAUCCCAAUUCCAUGUGGCAAGGGGCAUUUAAAUGAUGAGAAUUGCUUUUAAAAGCAAAGUUGAUUUUCAGGCAUUUGACUUUCUGAGAACUUUGAGAAACGAACCAUUCUUGCAGCUUUUCCAUUCUCUAUAUGUAUAUCCUUUAACUUUGAGCUUGAGUCAGAAAAGGAAUCUAUUCGUAAGAGUUGAGCUAAGAAAGGAUGAUGCAGAUGUUCAUAGGCAACCUUUAGAGGCAAUGUAUCCAAGGGAACCUGGUUUAUCACUUCAGAAGUGAGCUCACACACAAGUUGCUGUUGGUGCUCAGGUGGCCUGCUACCAUGAUGAAAUUAAAGUUUCUACCUGCUGUUUGGACACAAUUGCAUCACCUUCUAUUCACUUUCUUCCAUGUUGAUCUUCAAAUGAAACUAGAAGCUCCAAAACCAGUGAGUUCAAUGAGAUCCUUUUUUCUUUUCCUUCCAUUUGAAAUAAUACAAAAUCAUCUGAACCUUGUCUUAGUGGUUGUAUACUCGUUGGUUAGUGGUUUGGCCUGUUUUGCACUCCUCUCAUUCUAUCUUUUAU